CCUGGGGGUGGGGCGCUGAGGCUCCCAGCCCCCCCCCCCCUCGGGCUCGCUCCUUCCUCCGCUCACGUUCCCCGCCCCCGGGAUUCCCCUCUCGGCCUCUCCCGCCCCCCAUGCGGGGCCGGGCAGUGCCCGGGGAGCCGCGGCCGGUAUAAAACGGGCGGCGCGCAGGCGGCGCUGCUCAGAGUCACUAUGCUGAGGCUGCCGGGGCUGCUCCUGCUGCUUAGCCUGGGCAGCGUCUGCUGCCCUCCUGGGGCCCGCUCCGCCCUGCCCCUGGCCCCCCGGCGGGGCCCCCCGGGGAGAGCUCAGCCCCGCCCCACCGCCCUCUACCAGACCCGCUACUUCCCCCAGAAGAUUGAUCAUUUUGGAUUUGAUCAAGAUCUUACAUUCCAACAGCGGUACCUAGUAGCAGAUCAGCAUUGGAGAAAAGACAAUGGAUCGAUUCUCUUCUACACUGGCAAUGAAGGCGAUAUCACCUGGUUUUGCAAUAAUACGGGUUUUAUGUGGGAAGUGGCAGAAGAGCUUAAUGCCAUGUUAAUAUUUGCUGAACACAGAUACUACGGAGAAUCCUUGCCCUUCGGAAAUAAGUCUUAUAGCGAUUCCAAACACCUGAAUUACUUGACGUCGGAACAAGCUCUGGCAGACUUUGCGAUACUAAUUCAGCACUUAAAGGAGACAAUUCCAGGAGCCCUAAAUGCCCCUGUGAUUGCCAUAGGGGGUUCCUAUGGAGGGAUGCUUGCAGCCUGGUUUAGAAUGAAAUACCCUCAUGUGGUGGUUGGAGCUCUUGCAGCCUCUGCCCCAAUCUGGCAGUUUGAGGAUUUGGUACCCUGUGGCACUUUCUACAGUAUAGUGACAAAUGAUUUCAAAAAGAGCGGGCAGUGCUGCUCAGAGAGCAUCCUGAAUUCCUGGGGGGCCAUUAAUCGCAUCUCCUCCACAGAUGAAGGUUUGAAGUGGCUUUCCAGCGCAUUUCACUUAUGCAGCCCAUUAAAAAGCAAGCAAGAUGCUGCUGUGUUGAAAGCUUGGCUAAGCGAAACAUGGGUAAAUUUGGCAAUGGUGAACUAUCCAUAUAAAGCUGAUUUCUUACAGCCCCUGCCAGCUUGGCCCAUUCAGGUAGUUUGCAAGUUCUUGAAGAAUCCCAAACUGCCAGACAAAUUACUGCUACAGAAUGUUUUCCAGGCAGUAAAUGUCUACUACAACUACUCGGGAGCUGCAUCGUGCCUUAACACGUCUCAGAGUGCCACAAGAAAUCUUGGGCUGACGGGCUGGUACUAUCAGGCUUGCACAGAAAUGGUGAUGCCCAUGUGCACAGAUGGUGUCAAUGAUAUGUUUGAGCCUAGGAAAUGGAACUUCCAUGUCUUCUCUGAAGAAUGCUUCAAACUGUGGAAAGUGAGGCCUCGCCCUUCCUGGAUUCCUUCUGUGUAUGGAGGGAAAAACAUCAGUUCACACAGUAACAUCAUCUUCAGCAAUGGCGGAUUGGACCCGUGGUCUGGAGGUGGAGUGACUCGGAACAUCACAGACUCUCUCAUUGCAAUUGUGAUCCCAGAAGGAGCUCAUCACUUGGACCUGCGUGCCAGCAAUCCCGGUGACCCCAAAUCUGUGCUGCAAGCCCGAGCCUUGGAAGUUCAGUACAUGAAGCAAUGGAUUGAAAAGUCCAGGCAUAAGCACUAAAGUGGUACUGUAAUAAUGGUGGUUAUUAUCUCCCAUUGGCUUCAAUGGGAGCAGGAUCAGGCCCUUAUUACAGAGUUCUGUUCAAAACGUUGUUCACCCCUGCUUCCUCUCUUCCUUUACUAGCUGCUUGUCAGCACUGUGCCUUUCACUGGGAGGUAGAGGAGGUGGCUGUCAGUUGGAAGUCUGCUCCAGUAGCAAAUCUCAAUCAAUAAAGUACAUGCAUUGAGUCACC